ACACAAGAAUUUUCCUGAGUAACUUCUCAGAGGAUCUGCUCCAGCAACUCGACAACAAUAUCCUCUGUUUGCUUCUUACAACAUCAAUCAAUCUGAAGAUCUGCCAAGGAGGAAAGGGGGAGGAAGCCAGGGAAAAGCAAAGUGAUGGUGUGAAGAAUGCCUCUUGGAAAAGAGCCUGAGCCAAACAAAUACGUGUGUGGAGAAAAACAGAGCUGAGAGCUGCUGGGGCAACCAGCAAGUCCAUCCUGGGGAGGUUCAGCAUCUCUGCUUUUACACUGCAAAGGACAAGCUUUGGAUUCCUUACAGACCUUCCCAUUAAGGCUCAAAGAUGAAGACUCCUCAGAGAAAUCUGAGUGUGCUGCAGCAAACUAAAAUCCUCCUGUGGAAAAAUGUGCUGAUCAAGUGGAGGAUGAGGAUGCAGAGCUUUCAGGAGUGGAUGAUGUCCCUGCUCUUCCUGCCACUCAUCUUCAUCGUGGGCAUCUUGACAAUGAGCAGUCGCUACCCUGAAGUGCCCUACAGCCACCUUGGGCAGUUGGAUGACCCUGCCUAUAAUGCCACUGACAAGACCAUUGCUUUCACACCCAUCACUGUGACCACAAGAGAGAUCAUGGACAAAGUGGCCCUGAAGUCAGUGUUAAAAGGUAUAAAAGUGAAGGCAAUGGAAAAUGAGAGAGCCCUGGAAGAAGCCUGGCUUUUGAAUGAAGAAAUGAUAGGGGUUGUAUUUAAGGACAACUUCUCCUAUCACCUCAGGUUUCCUACUUUGGAUGUGCCUAUUCCAAACGACAACUUUGACUUCAUAGAUACCUGCUACAAUUUCUCAGCCAUCUACUGCCAGAGCCCAAAGUACUGGUACAAAGGUUUCCUCUCCCUGCAGUCCAGCAUCGAUGCUGCUAUCAUAGAGUUGAUGGCAAAUCAUUCUGUCUGGGAAGAAAUGAAGUCCAUCGCUGGCGUCCGCAUGAGGUCCCGGAGCAUCAUCUUCUCCAUCACUGUAGAGUACAGCUACUUCAUGAUUACUGCUGUCAUGUGCUUCUAUCCACUCAUGUAUUUCUUAUCAGUGAACGUGGUGAGAGAAAAGAAGCUGCUCAAAGUGUUGAUGAAGACCAUGGGGCUGCAGGAUAUUGCCUUUUGGCUCUCCUGGAGUCUGCUCUAUGCUGUUUAUGUGAUGAUCCUCUCCUGCCUGCUGACAGCUCUCGUGGUGCAUGACAUUUUCCCCCUCAGCAGCUUUGCUCUGGUGUUCCUGCUGUUUUUCCUGUAUGGUCAAGCAUGUAUCCACCUGGUUUUCAUGCUCUGCUCCCUCCUGAGGACCUCCAAACUCGUCAGCUCCAUGGGGUUCCUCAUCACCUUUCUCUUUGGAUGCCUGAGCCUUGCAGUGCUGAUAGAAGAACUCCCAGAACCCCUGAAGUGGUUUCUUGGUCUCUCCUGUCCUUUUGCAUUUAAUGUUGGCAUUGCAAAGGUUUUCCACUUGGAAAAAUAUGGGAUGGGUUUUACUUUUUCUAACCUCAUGGAUGAAUCCUACUUUUUGUUUUCAACUUACAUUAUGCUGCUCUUUGACUCCAUCCUCUACCUCCUGUUAGCUUUGUAUUUCGACAAAGUCCUGCCAGGCAAAUAUGGCAUUCCUGAAGCCCCCUUCUUCUGCCUGAAGCCUUCCUACUGGCUACGGAGCAGGAGAGGUCCCACCAGGGGGACGUCUGGAAUGGGAGCAAGCUCGGAGGAUCACCUUGGUGACAACGUAGAGCCAGUGCCCCCUGAAUUCAUAGGGAAAGAGGCCAUCAGACUCAACAAUAUCAGAAAAACAUAUAAAAAGAAGGACAAGAAGACAGAAGCUUUAAGAGGUCUGUCCUUAAACAUUUAUGAGGGUCAGAUCACUGCCUUGCUGGGCCACAGUGGGGCUGGCAAGACAACCCUGCUAAACGUGCUCAGUGGGUACACUUUGCCUUCUGAAGGCUCUGCCAGCAUAUAUAGCUACAAACUCUCUGAGAUAGGAAACAGAGAAGAGAUUGGAGAGAUGAUUGGCAUUUGCCCACAGAUCAACACACACUUUGAAGUCCUAACAGUGAAAGAGAACUUGAAAACCUUUGCAGAAAUCAAGGGCAUCAAGGCCAAAGAGGUGGAGAGAGAGGUACAAAACAUUUUGGAGCUGCUGGAUAUCAGUAACAUCCAAGACAUUCAAGCUGAGAAACUGAGUGGUGGGCAAAAAAGGAAGCUCUCCAUUGGCAUAGCCAUGCUUGGAAACCCCCAGGUUUUGCUGCUGGAUGAGCCCACAGCUGGGCUGGAUCCUCUUUCCAGGCACCGUGUGUGGAGCCUCCUCAAGGAGCACAGAGCUGGCAGGGUGAUCCUGUUCAGCACCCAGUUCAUGGAUGAGGCUGAUAUUCUGGCAGACCGCAAAGCUUUUAUCUCCCAGGGGAGGCUGAAGUGUGUUGGAUCUUCUCUGUUCCUGAAGAAAAAGUGGGGGCUUGGCUAUCAUUUAAGGAUCCACGUCAGUGAGUCUUGUGACCUGCAGAAUGUGACCUCUCUGGUGAAGCAGUACAUCCCCAACGUCAUAUUCUCAGGACACAGGCAACAUGAGCUGAGAUACAAACUGCCACUAGAAUAUGUGAACAAAUUCCCAGAUCUGUUCAUUGGUCUGGACAGCUUCUCUGACCAGGGGAUUCUCAAUUAUGGAGUCAGCAUGACAACCCUGGAGGAUGUCUUCCUGAGGCUGGAGGGAGAAGCCACAGUGGAUCAAGAAGAUGAGCACGGCCCCGGGGAGGAGUGGGGAGAAGCAGGACCACGGUGCCCCGACGAGACAGAGCUGAGCUCCCUGCUGCUGGCGGGCGCUGGGAAGGCGACGCUCAGGGGCUGGGCGCUCUGGAGGCAGCAGGUCUCUGCCAUGGCCUGGGUGCACUUCUUACACCUGAAGAGCUCAGCGAAAAACCUGCGCUCAGUCCUGCUGCUCUAUGUGGUUUUCCUGCUUCCUCUGGUUUUGCAACUCUCCUUGUUUGGUGCCUGGCAGAGCGUCAGCAGCUGGCAGCUCUCCUCUGCCCGCUACUUCGUGCCCCUGGGGCAGAGAGCUCACUCUCAGAUGACCACCCUCCUGCUCCAAAAUGACACAGGCAGAGACAUUGAAGACUUCAUCCAUUGGCUGGAGAGCCAAGACCUCACAGUGGAAAUAGCCAAUGAGGAAAACAUCACAGAGGACCUGAACCACAAUGGGGCCAUCAAAGUCUCUCACAAAGAUCAGAGCUACAGGUUCACUGUGCUGUGCCACAUGGAGGCCAUCAACUGCUUCCCCGUGCUCGUGAACGUCAUUAGCAACGCGCUGCUGAGAGCCAUCAAUUCCACCCACCACAUUCGCCUCUGGAGUCAUCCAUACUUCUCUCUACUUUCUCCACGCUUCUGGGACUAUUUUAUCCACUUUUACAUGGGCUAUAUGGUGGUGUUGUUCCCUGGCUUCCCUCCUCUCUUUGCAACAGGCUACAUGCAGGAUUACAAGGUGGGAGCUCGUGCCCAUCUGCGCAUCUCGGGGCUCUUUCCCUCAGCCUACUGGUGUGGCCAGGCACUGGUGGACAUCCCAAUCUGCUGGAUCCUUCUCUUCUCCAUGUUUGGGCUUCUGUUUGCAAUGAGCAAGAGGAUUUCUGUGAAGGCCAGCAGUUUCUUCUCUCUGGUCACAUGUUCCUUGGGUUAUGGAAGUUCCAUCAUUCUCCUGACCUACCUGAUCUGCUUCGCCUGCCGCAAAGGACGCAGCUGUGACUUCUGGUCCUUUGUCCUGAUAGUGGUUUGCUUUGUUUCUACUGUCAUCAGCAGAAUCCUGGCAUUCCUUGAGUAUGAUGCUGCCCUCCACACUUUGAGCCUCUUGAACCCUCUAUAUCCCCUGGUGGAUGUCAUCCUCAACUCCCACCAGUUUUUUAUGGAAGCCUAUUGGGAUCCAGAGGGCAAUGUGCUGGUAGCUGUCUUUGCACCUUUUAUCCAUUCUGUGGCCUUCAUUUUCCUCCUUCGAUGUUUGGAGAUGAAAUAUGGAAGAUCAGUGCUGAGGCAGGACCCAGUGUUUAGGAUCUCCCCAAGACAAGAAAUCAGCCACCAGCACUCGGAGGAGCCUGAAGAGGAAGAUGAAGAUGUUAAAGCUGAAAGAGCAGCAGUGAGAAAUGCCAUAGCAGCUCCAAGUCAGGAGGAGAAAUCAGUCAUCAUUGUCAGCAACCUGUGCAAGGAGUAUAACACAAAGCAAAGUGGUUCUGUUUUUAAGAAGAAGAAGAAAAUGGCCACCAGAAAUGUUUCCUUCUGUGUUAAAAGAGGAGAAGUAUUAGGACUUCUGGGGCCCAAUGGAGCUGGAAAAAGCACAGCCACCAAAAUGAUCAUUGGAGACACAAGCCUGACUGCUGGGCAGGUGCUGAUGAAGGAAGGAGAUGGAGAAGCCUCCCACCCCCAGGAGCACACACCUGCCUUCCUGGGCUACUGCCCACAAGAGGACCCACUCUGGCCAGGCCUUACCGUGCAUGAGCACCUGCGGACCUACGCAGCUGUGAAAGGGGUGAGCAGGGAGGACAUAGCUGCUGCAGUCAACAGAGUGGUGGAUGCUCUGCAGCUGCAGGAGUACCUGAACAAGAAGCUGAGGAAGGUGUCUGCUGGGACAGCCAGGAAGCUCUGCUUCGCGGUGUCCGUGCUGGGCAACCCCACGGUCCUGCUCCUGGAUGAGCCCUCGACUGGCAUGGAUCCCAACGGGCAGCGCCGUGUCUGGAAAAUGAUCAGAGCUGCCCUGAGAAGCAAGGAGACAGGAGCCAUCCUGACGACACACUACAUGGAGGAGGCGGAGGCUGUGUGCGACCGCGUGGCCAUCAUGGUGUCUGGGCAGCUAAGAUGCAUCGGCUCCAUUCAGUACCUGAAGAACAAGUUUGGCAAAGGCUACCUACUGGAAAUUAAAGUCAAGGAUCCAGAGCAGAGUGACCUUCUCCAUGCAGAGGUUUUGAGGAUUUUCCCAGGUGCAGCCCGCCAGGAGAGGUUCCCCUCUUUGCUGGUCUAUAAGGUCCCAAUGGAAGAUGCACUGCCCCUGUCUCAGUCUUUCUCCAGGCUGGAGGAAGCCAGAAGAAACUUCAGCCUCGAGGAGUACAGCUUCUCUUUGAAUACUUUGGCUCAGGUGUUUUUGGAACUCUCCAGAGAGCAGGAAAAGGAUAAUUUUGACCUGACUUUGGAUGGAGCUUUUGACUGGAAACAGCUUCAGCAGGAGGACUGCUGAAGAGCCAAGCUGCUCCCUUGCCCAUCGCUCCACAUUAACCAAGCUGCCACAGUACCGCACACACUCACUGCCGCUACCAGCGCACCGCAGGGAGGAGGAGCAGGCUCUGCCUUUCCAGCCAGCUCCUUGCCACAGCAGAAGGCAUCUCCCCUGGACUCUGCAGGUGUCAACACUGAGCCCUACCCCAAGCUGCAUUUCCAGUGGCUGCUUGAUGAACUGGUUGCUGAAACGGUGCACUGGUAGAGCUCUUGUCAAGCAGAGCAGGAGGGCAGAGAGGUUUGCAGACAGAAGGGUCACAGCCCAUGCGUGGGGGACACAGGUCCUGCUCUACUCAGUGGAUCUGGGUGCAUCAGGGGAUCUGGACACACUGCCAGCCUUUUGGGGUCGUCUACCACCACUGCCUGGGACAAUUUGCUUUUGAGGAGCUGAAGGACAAAGUGUUGAGAUUUGCACUCUAUUUUUAUGCCCUCUCAAUAAAUGUCUCUUGUUAGAAA